AUGGACCUGGCUGCAGCGCUAGAAUACAUGCCGCUUGCUAUAAUCCAAGCAGCGGCAUACAUUUCCCAACGAGCGCCGAGAUGUUCGGUGUCGGAGUACCUAGACCAGUUUCGGAAAAGCGAUCGCGAAAAGACAAGUCUCUUGGACAAUCAAGCUGGACAUCUUCGACGAGACCGAGAGGCUGCGAACUCUAUCAUCAUCACAUGGCACAUCUCUUUUGAGCACAUACGUCAAAGCAAGCCCUCGGCAGCUGACUUACUGUCUCUAAUGAGUCUGUUUGACCGCUGCUUCGUCAUCGACAUGAAAUUGGAAGUUUCAACGCGCCACCAGUUCAGCGUCUGA